CUGUCGGAAAUCCAGAGAGAGACCUAGGCACUAGGACCCUGCAGGUGCCUCUCUGUGAUAUUUCAGCAAUGUUCAGUGCGCUCGGACGACUCGCUUCAGCAGUGGUGAUACGGUAGCUGCAGCAGCGUCCCUGACGCGCUGCCCACCCUCCACUCUCAGCAGGGGAGAAUUACGAAAUUCUUGGUUUGAGACCCAACCGCCAGCCCACGGUCCUCGGAGAAAGCUACUUUUGUUUACCAUCCCAUGGCUUCAUCCGUGAGUGGAACGGAGGAGGUGCGCGUGUCGGCGUUGACACCGCUGAAGUUGGUGGGCUUGGUGUGCGUCUUCCUUGCGCUCUGCCUGGAUGUCGGGGCGGUGUUGAGCCCCGCGUGGGUAACGGCGUAUAACCAGUACUACCUGUCUCUGUGGGAGUCCUGCUGGAAGCCUGUCAACUCGGACACAUGGCAGUGCAACACAACGCUCGAGACUGACUGGCAGAUUGCCACGUUGGCCCUGUUGCUGGGUGGUGCUGCCCUCAUCCUGUUCUCCUUCCUGGUUGCCCUGGUGUCAGUGUGUGUCGGCUCCAGGAGCCGCUGCUACAGGCCUGUCGCUGUCUUGCUGUCCACUGCAGUGGUGCUUCAGGUCUGCAGUCUGGUCCUCUACACCAUUAAGUUCAUUGAGACGGUCAGCUUGAGGAUAAACCACGAGUUUAACUGGGGCUAUGGCCUGGCCUGGGGGGCCACCAUCUUCUCCUUCGGAGGGGCCAUUCUCUAUUGCCUCAACCCCAAGAACUAUGAAGACUACUACUAAACCCUGCAAGAGGAGAAGAGAGCCCUCUACACAACUUCAUGCCCCCGCCCCCCGGGCUAUGCUCUGAACUUAGUCUGUUUUAUGUAACUGGUAGAGAAAAUAAAUAUUCACAGAAAAAAUGUUGGAGAAUUAACUACAGUAGUGUCUAUAGGCUCCAUUCAGACCAUCAUACAAAUGUACUGUACCAGAUGGUUGGCUCACAGGCUUAAAGGGACACUCUUGCUCACAUUAUGAUGUUGUGUUCUCCAAGGGAAUCUCUGCCUCUGUUGUGACUGAUGUCUGCUAUAGGCUAAGUGGUAAGGCUGAAGAGCCAAUCAGACAGUUCAAUGGAAUCCUAAUGUCCAAUAAGAUACAUCAGUGAAACAAUGUCAGGUCCCCUUUAUGAUAGGAACUUCAGCAGGAGUUGGCAGGCACAAUGCUUUGUUAUUAAUGACCAAUCAAAGAAGGGACCGGUGAGAGUGAUGGACAUAGACCAAUCAGAGAGCAGAAGGAUAGUCCAGGUGGACAGAUUGAUCUUGAGGAGGAAAGAAGUAGAAUACGAGACUCACCUAAGGAAAGGAAUCAAGGAUGCAUACCUUCACCCCCACUAACAUACUGAACAAAAAUACAAACUCAACAGUUUCAAGGAUUUUACUGAGUUACAGUUCGUAUAAGGAAAUAUGUAAACUUUAAUGAAUGAAUUAGGCCCUAAUAUAUGGAUUUCAUCUGGUGGCAGGGGAGCAGCCAUGCGUGGGCUGGGAGGGCAUAGGCCCACCCACUGUGGAGCCAGGCCCAGCCAAUCUGAAUGAGUUUUUCUCCACAAAAGGGCUUUAUUACAGAUGGAAAUACUCCUCAGUUUCAUCAGCUGUCCAGGUGGCUGGUCUCAGAUGAUCUUGCAGGUGAAGAAGCCGAAUGUGGAGGUCCUGGGCUGGCGUGGUUACAUAUGGUCUGCGAUUUGGGCGUACUGCCAAAUUCUCUAAAAUUAAAUUGUAGGUUGCUUAUGGUAGAGGAAUUAACAUAAAAUUAUCUGGCAACCGCUCUAGUAGAAAUUCCUGCAGUCCGCAAGCCAAUUACACGCUCCCUCAACUUGAGAGAUCUGUGUGUAUUGUGCGACAAAACUGCACAUUUUAGAGUGGCCUUUUUAAAGUCCCCAGCACAAGGUGCACCUGUGUAAUGAUCAUGCCGUUUAAUCAGCUUCUUGAUAUGCCACACCUGUCAGGUGUAUCUUGGCAAAGGAGAAAUGCUCACUAACAGGGAUGUAAACACAUUUGUGCACAAAUGUGCAUGAAAAAUUACUGAGAUCUUUUAUUUCAGCUCAUGAAACAUGGGACCAACACUUAACAUGUCGCGUUUAUAUUUUUGUUCAGUGUAUUUGUGAUUAUCUUUGUCUUUAUUUAAUCUGUGGUAAUCUAAAAGAGGACUGGAUGGGUUCAGGCAGGCAACAUAGGAGUUUAACUAGUGGUUUUCUUUCACAUGAAGGGAAGGUGACAAGGAAAGGAAGCCACUAUAGACUAUUGGUACACGCCCCAAUGCCACAAACAAGAGAUGGUAUAAUUGGUUAGGCCAGAGGCCACGACACAUUCCAGGCAAAGUAUUACUGGUUAAACAUUAGCUCAGGCUACACACAACCAUUAAGUACAUUUACAUUUACAUUUAAGUCAUUUAGCAGACGCUCUUAUCCAGAGCGACUUAAGUAGCUGUAAGGCAUCAUCUAAGACUGUGCGGCUUAACCCCAGCUGUGCCAGGUUCAGAUAACAGCAGUUGAUAUGUAACUAUGUACAGUAGUUUGAGUUGGUUUUGUGUUAAAUGCUUUAAUAUAGUGUAGUAGAUAAGGUGUAUGAAGAAGGCAAUUGACCAGUGUUGUAGUGUGUGGGGCCUGAAGUGAUAUCAAACAGCCAGGGAAGGACGGCUCAUGGCUGGAACGGCGUCAAACCGUGUUUUUGACAUAUCUGAUAUCACUCCACUCCUGCCGUUACCCCGUCCUCCCCAAUUAAGGUGCCACCAACCACGUUUGCACUCACUUCCCAAGUGAUGCCUCUUGGGCCACACUAGAUGUCUCCCAAAUGGCACCCUAUUCCCUAUAUAGUUCACUACUGACAAGGGGCCCUGGUCAAAAGUAGUGCACUGUGUGAGGAAUAGGGUGCCAUUUGGGACAGAGUUUACAUACAAAGUCCUCUUAAUACUGCACUAUUAUAGAAAAUGUUUUGAAUAUACUCUCAUCCAUAACUUAAAAUGAAAGUCUUUACAUUAAAAAUACAUGUCAAUGAAGAGAGGAGGAACGCUUGAGGUAGAAAUGUGGGAGUGUAAAGGAGUAACGAGGUGUGUGUGCUGAGUGACUCUACAUCUGCAUUGCCUGCUGUUUGGGGUUUCAGGCUGGGUUUCUGUACAGCACUUUGUGACAUCAGCUGCUUUAUAAAUCCAUUUGAUUGCCGAUGUGUGUCUGAUGCCUACUGCUUUGUUUACUAAUACAAUAAAACUGGUCAUGAAAAAGA